GGUGUCAGCGUCAGGAUGAGCAGCACCCUAGGGUUGCCGGGACUGGGCAUGACAGGGAUGGAUGGAGGAGCACCCCAGAAAUGUCAGGGCUGGGGACAGAGGCACCCCAGGGCUGACCAGGAUGGGGUGAGGAACACCCCAGGGGUGUCGCGGCCAUGGGGAACACCGCCCGCUCCCUUUGCCGAGCGCCUUGCACCAGCCCCGUCCCACAGGGACUGUCCCGUCCCCUGGGGUCGCACAGCGGCAAUCCGCCAGCUCGUUCCCGACGGAGCGGCGGCUGCAUCCCCGUCCCCGUCCCCCGCCCCCGGGGCGGGCUCGUCAUCGUCCCGCCCCCACCCCGCUCCUUAUUACCGGGGCGGCUGGGGGCUUCUUCACUCUCUCUCGGUGCCGCUCGGCCGCUGCGGCGCGGUCAGCCCGACGUGCCGCACCAUGGGCAGCCAGGGCUCCAAGGCGGGGGGCAGCGCCCCACCGGCCGGCCACGCCGCCUCCACCGAGCCGGGCAAGGCAAACGGGCAGGAAAACGGCCAUUUGAGGGUGAACGGCGACACGACGGCCCGGACGGGCGGUGAAGCGGCGGUCCCGAAAGGGAACGGCUCGUCCGAGGCCCUCGAGUGCAGCGGGGACGCCAUCGAGCCUGUUCCCCCCGCCGAGGCGGGGGAUGCUCAGCCCGACGGGGCUGCGGCCGCCCCCCGGGACACCCCCAAGAAGAAGAAGAAGUUCUCGUUCAAGAAAUCACUCAAGCUGAGCGGGAUCUCCUUCAGGAGGAACAAGAAGGAAGCCGGGGACUCCGCGGGCUCCACUCCCUCGGAGGAGCAAGGCCAGGCCGGGGAGAGCGCAGGCAGCGCGGCCGCCGGGACGGAGCUCCCGGCUGCCCCCGGCGAAGCGGCGGCGCGGGGCGGACCCGCGGCGGGCACCGAGCCCGGGGGAAGCGGGGAGGAAAAGCAGCAGCAGCCAGGGGAGCUCCCCGGGGCCACAGCCGAGCCAGGGGAACCCUCAAAACCUGCGGGGCCUGAGCCUACAGCAACCGCGGCGGAGCAGGAGGUGGAGUAGAUCCCGCUUGGAAUGUCCCAACCCCGGGAGUGUCACGGACUCACUGCCUUCCCCCACACCUCCGUCCCACCCAAACUGACGCGGCUUUCCAAAACCAACCCCCUCCCAGGGUGAUUCUUUCCCAUCUCCGUUAGAGACCUGGUUUGGAUUCCCACCAGCGCCACUGCAGCUUGGAGUAGUUCUACCGGAAUCCUUCACGAUGGUGGAGAGAGAUUAUCCUGGACGUAACUGGAAUUUACAGUUUGUGAUCGCUGCUGGCUCCUGGCAGUCCUCGAAGCCUAAACUGUUCAGUGGAUCCUUUUUCUUCUCUCUUUCAGGUUUACAUUCCUGGUUCUGACUUUAAAUGAAAGUAUUUUGUGUUUUUUUUUUUUUUUUUUUCCCCUAGAAAUCAACGGGUUAAGAGCUAACCUUGUUAGGUUUUUAUAAUGGCUUACACUUGGCUUAAAACCACAAAGCUUGUAAGUCCCCUGUGUUUAAUUCUACUGUAGGGGUGUGGGGUGGGCUGGCAGGGACCUGCAGCUGUAAACUGUGAAGCACGUUGGGGUUCUCUGUAAAUAAUUACUUUUUUUUUUUAACGGCCAAAACACUUGAUUUGCAAUUUUCUAAAAAGAAGAAAAAAAAAAAAAGCUGUAUGGGCUUUCUUGUAACAUUUGAAAGGAAUAAAUGGUGACCCCUUCA